AGCAGAGAAAGCUGGUAGGUCAGGAGCCGUGGGGCAGCUUUUAUUUUUGGCGUGCAUCUCAGAUCAAUUCCUUCCCCUCCUCCCUUCCAUUCGUAGGGAGGGAAGAGUCCAAACUAAGGAUGCACAGGCAGGUUUCUAAGCACACGGCGCUGGGAGCAACAAGCUGCAGCCUGUAACCAUCGCUCAGUGCUCACCAGGGGAUUAAAAUGCUGAUCACUGUAACACCACCUCAUGAACGAGCUUCACUUCACCCGCAGACUCCACCUCCACCCAUACUACCCAAGCCUGGAAAAGACAACCUUAGGCUCCAGAGACUCUUGAAGAAAGCUGCAAAGAAAGCAACCUUAGCUCCACAGCAAGCCAAGUUGUUCCAGUCUAGUCUCUCCCCGGUGAGCGAAGCCAGCCCAGACCUAGAGCACAGCGACCGCUCCUCCCUAGUAAAGACCCCAGAAACCUCAACCCACCUCACCAUCAACCUCCCUCCCCGCUUUUCGAUCAAGCCCAUCUUCCACCAUGUCCCGAUGCCUUUCCUGAAGAGCAAGCCCUUCACGUUCACGGUAACAGAGCAAAGAAGCAUCUCUGAACAUCUGAAGCUCACGGUCUCUCCGGCACCAUCCCCAGUGCACAGGCAAGGUACUCCAGAGUCAGUCAUGCCCAGCCAGCUUUCCCAUCCCCAGACACAUUCUGUAUUUGUUUUCCCUGAGCCUCCUGUCUCUGUCACACCCAUCGUCACAGAAGCUCCAGUGGAGGUUACCCAUGUCAGCAAAGUGCACACGUACUUCCAUAGCGUACAGUCACCCAGGCCUAAGACUCCUCUCUCAGACCAGGUCCCUAAGCCCCUCAGUGAUGAAAUGCAGAGGCCUUUGCCCACCCCUCCAGAGACAAGCCACUUGGGACAGACACCAGUCUCUCUCAACACUGGUGAGGCUCAAAUUGCCACUCCCAAGUCAGAGCCCUCCAUCCUUCCUUCUGUGACAGUAGAGCUCCCCUACCAACCCCCCAGGCCUGCAACUCCUAAAGAGCCCAGUGGGGACACUCCUAAAGAUGCCCAAUGCAAGAGACCUGCAACUCCCAAAAGUGAUAUGGAAAAAUCUAAAACAGAGCAGGCUUCCAAACCCCAUGAGCCGCACAGUGAGAGUCUAAAGCAACCGCCUCCCAGUGCAGCUCAGAAGCAAGAUGCCCCAGUGGCCAUGAUGACAAGUGACACCACCAGGGCUUCCUCCACAGAAGCAAAGGAGGAGCACAUCAUUCCACCGCAGCCCACUGCAGCCUUUUCCAGUGCUGGCCCUCCACCCAGAGCUGAGCUGACACUACCAUCUGUGGAUAAGUCUAAGCCCCCUAGAGUUGGUCUCAGAGGCUGGUCUCGCCUUAAGAAGCACUUGAUAGUGGAACCAGAGGAACCCAAGUUCCCCGAACCUGAGCCAGCCAUGCCUAAACAGGAGGAAGGAGGAAAAAAGAAGUCAGACCUCUCUCAAGGGAGCACCAGCGACAGGCUCGCUAAACCAAGGGCCACCAGGAUGUGGGAUGCCAUAUUAUAUCAGAUGACGACAAGCAAGAUGAGAAAGCAGCAGGACGAAGACAAAGGGGUGAGGAAGAUGGAGGGAUUUCCAUUCCGGUGCCGCUUGCCUCUUCUUCUUCACAAACCACGCUUUGAUGCCCGGAAGUUGAAGGAGCUGGCUUCCAAACCAAUGACAAGGAUCACCACCGUGUUCGAGCUGAGCCUGCUCCACCGCAAGCCACCCGAGGAAGACCCCAAAAACUUCAACAGGACUGCAUCAGGGUGGCAGGUAAACUGA